CCUACCAAAUAGUCUAAAAUUUUAGAGCUUUUUCGAAGAAUUCUCGGGGUUUUCUGAAAAAUAUGCCAUGUGACGUAUCAAAAUCGGUCCAAACUUCGCGAAAAAAUCAAAAAACCAAUUUUUGGAGGAUUUUAAACCGUGACCUUUCCAAAAAUCGCGGUCUCAUCCAAAGCAAAGGCGAAUAUCUCGAGAGGUGAAAUGAACCAAGUACCCCAGAUAUUACAAUAGCAGCUGUGUACAUCACUCAUUCAAACUCAUCAAGACUGACAGUGGCAACAUGGCAAAAGUGCACUGCAUAAAUGAUCCAGCGGUACCUUGCCUCCCUUCUGCCUUCUUCCUACUCUCAUCUUCACCAUUCUAUUCUUCUUUUUACUUUACAAAGAGCCUGACAAUAUUACCCUUAUUUGCAACCCCCACACAUCAAACCUUUUGCAUUCGCAUAGGUAUACAUAAAUGUAUAUUCCUCUUCUCAAUCUCUUCGUUUAUUCUCUCUCGCGAAAUGUACCUAUUUACUCGUGAAUGUGUUCUGUGUUGACCUCAAGUUAAGUUGAUAGUACUUUGAAAUACUCCUGUUGAAUGUGCAUAUAUUUUUUUCUUUUAAAACGUUGUAUUUUUUCGGUUCUCACAUUUUUUCAAGAAGUCAGAUCGUAAUGAAAAAUGGCUCACGAUGAACUGCUACAAUCGUACCGACGUGAAAUAUUCCACUGUAACUUAGGUCUUUCAAUCGCACUUGGUCCAAUCAUUGUGAUAAACAUAUUCGCCUUAUUACAUAAACAUGAAAAGAUCACUAAAGUACGAGUAGAUGAUGUACAGCAUGUGUUUUGGCGGUACUCUGUAAAUAUGGAUAUUUCUAAAAUGGUAAAGUUGCAAGAUACUUAUGAUUCAUAUCCAGAUCGUUUCAAUGAAAUAUUCCUUGAGAAUCCAGACUUGGAAAAGUUACUCAAGGCACGUUUCGCAGUGGAUAGAUCGCUUCUAAUGCUACAAACAGCUUUAUCGAUAUUCGCUGCUAAAUUCGUGAUGUUUAAUCAAUGGUCCGUCGAGCGAUUAAGUUCCGCAAAGAUAGCAGUUUUUGGACUGCUCGCUGUGUCACUUUUUUCCUAUAUUCUGCUCUUUUUUGUCAUACCAUUCACUACAAUGUUUAACUUUUUUAAUGAUUCGUUAUCCUCACUUUAUAUGACAAUUCCGUUUGUGUCAAAAGGCCUGGCUCUCUGGUGCAUAGGUUGUGGUGGAUAUUACGAGUACAAGUGCUGGUUGAUCGUUAAAUGUAAUGCUCCUGGAAGAGAGCAAGUAGCUUUGGCAGAAGUUAAUGUUCACAGAGGGCAUAGAGAGCUAGCAGCAUUGGCAGGACAAGCCGCUUUGGCUGCCUAGAUUCUGCUGACUGGUGAAUGAACAUCACUUAAAGGAAGACUAAGGCAGAUAAUAGUCAACAUUUUUAUGGAGCACAAAAAUUCAAUGUAAUUUUUUCAGUAGAACAACAGCAGAAAGACAAAAAAAUCCACUUUUUUGAUACUUUUUUGUGAAGCAUGAUUGUAUAGAAGUUGCAAUAUUGCUGGAACUCUUUAACAUUAUUAUGAUAUACAAAGGCAGAUUUAAUUUCCAAAGUGUUCAUUUUAUUUAUUAGCUUUAAUUUUUUUUUACGAAAUUUGCCUCGUGUCUGUAGUGUUUUUUUGGCCUUUAUUUAAUCGAAUUCGCUGCUCCUGUAUCGUUCUUACGUUUUUAUGUAUUAAACUAAGCUUUAUUUUUCAUUUUUGUGCGCAGUUUGUAUCUAUGUAUUUUUACACAUUUAGAAAUUUAAAUUUUUCAUCUAUCAAAGCAAUUUUUCGAGAUUAUCAUUACAAUCUAUGAGCUUUGAAUUAUCUUAAGCUGUAAAGCUCAUUAAAAGAGCAUGUCAGUAGACCUCAGAACUAAAAUUUUGAACUACUGGAGUAAAUUUUUGAAUUUUUGUCAAA